AUGGACCUGGUGGCUAGUUGCAAGGACAAAUUAGCAUAUUUCCGAAUAAAGGAGCUCAAAGAUGUCCUUACUCAGCUAGGUCUUUCAAAGCAGGGAAAGAAACAGGAUCUUGUUGAUCGAAUAUUGGCCGUUCUUUCUGAUGAGCAAGUUUCGGGAAUGUGGGCAAAGAAAAAUGCAGUUGGAAAGGAGGGAGUGGCAAAGCUAGUUGAUGACACUUACAGAAAAAUGCAGGUUUCCGGGGCGGCUGACUUAGCCUCAAAAUCGCAAGCCAUUUCUGAUAGUCAAAGCGCAAAACAUAAAGAGGAAGCUGAAGAUUCUUAUCAGGUGGAAAAGAUUCGAUGUGUUUGUGGAAGCACCUUGGCAACUGAUUCAAUGAUCAAGUGUGAAGAUCCUAGGUGUAAUGUUUGGCAGCAUAUGGCAUGCGUGUUGAUUCCUGAGAAACCCGUGGAAGGUGUCCUACCAAACCCACCAGAUAUCUUUUACUGUGAAAUUUGCAGACUGAGUCGUGCUGACCCCUUUUUGGUGACAGUUGCACAUCCCCUUAAUCCUGUUAAGUUGAAUAUCACUAAUGUUCCUGCGGACGGCUCAAGUCCUAGUCAGAGCAUUGAGAAAACAUUUCAACUCACGCGUGCGGAUAGGGACUUAUUGUCAAAACAGGAAUUUGAUGUUCAGGCAUGGUGCAUGCUUCUUAAUGACAAGGUGAUGUUCAGGAUGCAGUGGCCACAAUAUGCUGAUCUACAGAUUAAUGGUGUACCUGUGAGGGCGAUAAACAGACCUGGUUCUCAGUUGUUAGGAGCUAAUGGUCGGGAUGAUGGCCCUGUUAUUACACCGUUCACCAGAGAUGGAAUUAAUAAGAUCUUCUUAGGGGGAUGUGAUGCUCGCGUUUUCUGCGUGGGAGUUAGAAUUGUCAAGAGGCGCACUUUGAAGCAGGUUCUUAACAUUAUUCCGAAAGAGUCGGAAGGAGAGCUCUUUGAGGAUGCACUGGCUCGUGUUCGUAGGUGUGUUGGUGGUGGGGCUCCAACAGAAAAUGCUGAUAGUGAUAGUGAUAUUGAAGUUGUUGCUGAUUUUAUUCCUGUUAAUCUUCGUUGUCCGAUGAGUGGUCUAAGAAUAAAGAUGGCUGGAAGAUUUAAACCUUGUGCACACAUGGGCUGUUUUGAUCUUGAAGUGUUUGUGGAAAUGAACCAACGCUCUAGGAAGUGGCAAUGCCCCAUUUGUCUAAAGAACUACUCUUUGGAGAAAAUCAUCAUAGAUCCAUAUUUUAAUCGAAUCACAUCCAAGAUGCAAAAAUGUGGGGAAGAUGUGGCAGAAAUCGAGGUGAAGCCCGACGGUUCCUGGCGUGCUAAGGGAGAGGGUGGGGAUCGAAGGGCUCUUGGAGAGCUUGGGCUAUGGCAUGGGCCCGAUGGUAGCAUCUGUGCAUCCAUGGAAGCUGAAUCCAAACCCAAACCGGAACUCAAACCGGUCAAACAGGAAGUCGGCUCCGAUAGCCAUCCCGGUCUGAGAUUAGGAAUGAGAAAAAACCAAAACGGCCGCUGGGUUAUCAACAAACCGGAUAACAUGCACGGCAUCUUGCCUGCCAAUAAAUCCAAUGAGAAUUUCCAUAACAGCCCGAACGUAAUUCCCAUGAGCAGCAGUGCCACUGGCAGUGGCCGGGAGUGUGAAGAUGCCAGCGUGAACCAGGAUGGUGGGCCCACCACCCUCGAUUUCUCCACGGUCAAUGGGGUUGAGUAUGAAUCAAUCUCGAUGAUCAACGCAGAAGCCAAUGGGUUCAACGGCCGGGCCACACCCGUGCCAGCUGGCGACGCAGGGGUAAUUGUCCUCAGUGAUUCAGAUGAAGAAAUCGAGCCGCAGACAUCUUCCGGAGCCGUCAUGUACAAGAAUCCCGGACCAGAUGUCGGUGGGCCCCAGUUUCCGAAUGUGCAGAAUCAAAUUCCCGAUCCGUACUACGAAAAUCCGGCUCUUGGCAGCAUCGGGAACUCUUGUCUCGGCCUUUUCAAUGUAAACGAGGAUGAUUUUGGGAUGAACCCCCCGUGGUCAUUGCCUUCUGGAAAUCAGGGGGGUGCCGGGUUUCAGCUGUUUGGAUCUGAUGUGAACGUGAAUGAUGCCUUGGUCGACAUGCAGCACCAAGGACCUCUUAACUGCUCGUCUUCAAUGAAUGGUUACACCAUGACUGCUGAGACUGCCAUGGGAUCUGCUGCGCUUGUCCCUGAGCCCACCAGUGGGCCCGAUCAGCAUUCUAAUAUGAAUGAUGGAUUGAUCGAUAAUCCGCUGGCAUUUGGGGGAAGUGAUCCUUCGCUUCAGAUAUUUCUGCCGACAAGGCCGUCGGGCAUGCAAUUGAAUUCGAGAGAUGCAGAUGUUCCGAAUGGUGGUGGUGUUGGCACAGAGGAUUGGAUUUCUCUGAGGCUUGGGGAUGGAGUCGGGGGUCGUCAAGGCGAAUCUGGUCCUGGGGCUCGUGUGGGUUCGGGGCAGCAAGUGCAGUCGGGUGACGGUGGCUUGGGUACACUGGCAGACGGUGCAUCAUUGUUACUUGGAAUGAAUGGGAAUAGGUCUGGUAAGGCGACAACUAGGGAAAGAUCAGAUAGUCCUUUCAAUUUUCCUCGCCAACGGCGUUCUGUAAGACCAAGUUUGCAAGAAGAAUCAGUUCCUGAUUUUGAUGCCUGGUUGAAUACCAACUGA